GGGACAUUCCUGCUGCUCAUCUGUUCUACCAGCGUGACGUUUCUGGCUCUCCAGUGUUUCAUGCAGAUCACUUUUGCCUACGUACCUCAGAAUGAGAACGAAUAUUGGGAAAAUGUUCUCUACCAUCUGGGCAUUGUACGGUUCAGUUUGGUGGAUGCAGGGAACACUUUUCGUCACUUAGCCCCUGAUCUGGGGCUCUUCCUGUCUGGGCUCUUCAUACUCUGCCUGGUCAGGAAGCUGCUGUGUCCCGUGCCACAACUUAAUGUCCACGAGAACUGCAUCAAACCCUCUGACCCUGAGGAUGUGGAGAUGUCCGACUCAGAGUCUGAAGUGGAAAGUGAUGUCACAGAUGGCUCGUCCUGUGACAGCUCAGAUGAAAUCACAGCGGCGCCGGUAACCCCUCCUCAGAUUGUCCAGAAGUUCAUUGCAUUUGCCCUUGGACUGCGCCUCUUGCUGUCCGCCAUCAUGAACACAGCAGGGAAAGUAGUGGUCACCAUACUACUGGGGCUGGCAGGCAUCACCCUACCUUCCCUGACUUCAGCAGUGUAUUUCGGGACAUUCCUGGGCCUGGUGUGGUGGUGGGUUUUUCUCCGCUCCCUCAGCCUGCUGUUUUUCAGUACCCUCUGUGUGAUGAUGGCUAUAUUCAGCGCUGGUCACCUGCUGAGCCUCUACCUGUACCAGCUGCCCCUGGCCCAACAGAUCGUACCCCCACAGGACAUCUACGCCAGGCUGUUUGGUAUGACAGCGUUCAUCCGGACCAAUGGGACUGAGCCAUACAGUCUGGUUCUGCAGGCAGAUGUCAGCUGGCCUGUCUUCACCAACCCCAUGGUGGUGCUGCUCCUUUAUUACACACUGGUGGCUCUGCUGCACAAGUGGGUCUACAUCACUGAAGAAGAGGAUACUCUGGUGAAGUCUGAGAGUUCAGUAGAAAUCCCUGAGGAUCCCCCCAGCUUCUCCAAGAUCUUAUUCAUUUCAGGAGACAGACUGGAGCUACUGACCAGUACGGAUGAUGAAACUUACAUGCCAGAUGAGGGGGUGCAGGAGCCAAUGGUCUUAAUGAUGAGCAGCUCAUGGCAUGAUCUGAGAGGACAGGAGAUGGGGUUACUGCUGGGAGGGCCAGGGGCAGGGUAUGCAAACUGCUACCCUCCACCACAAUAUGAAGGAAUAGACUUGUCACCCUCACAAGAGUCGGAGGAGGGGAGGAGUGAGGUGUCUAUGAGGGAGGGGAGGAGUGAGGUGUCUAUGAGGGAGGGGAGGAGUGAGGUGUCUAUGAGGGAGGGGAGGAGUGAGGUGUCUAUGAGGGAGGGGAGGAGUGAGGUGUCUAUGAGGGAGGGGAGGAGUGAGGUGUCUAUGAGGGAGGGGAGGAGUGAGGGACAGAGUGAGGUGUCUAUGAGCGAGGAAGAGAAUGUGCCAACCCAUCCUGCCCCCAGUGGACUGGCUGUGUUUGGCCUGUUCAUCAUGAAGCACAGCUACAUCAGCGCACUCAUCAUCAUGAUGGUGUGGAGCAUCACCUAUAACAGCUGGCUGACGUUCGUCCUGCUGGUGUGGUCGUGUGUGAUCUGGAUGAUACGUGACCGUCGGCGCUACGCCAUGAUGAGCGCUCCCUUCCUGGCGGUGUACGGCACCUUGCUGUUGCUGCUUUCCUUCCUGAGCGGCCUGAGGCUGCGGCGGGAUGAACUGUACCCUGGCCUGCCACAUGCCGUGCUGGUGGACUUUGACAUGGCCAUCUACCCAGCACCCUGCAUCCACCUGGGAGGCAAGGUGUUGUACACCUUCAGCUUUUGGCUGCUGUUCCGCCAACAACAGAAGGAGAAACAGGAAGAGAAGGAUCUCAAGGAGUCUGACGAGUCUCUGGAGGAAGUGAAAGUACUCCCACCGGAUGAAGGUGAAAGCUCUCCCAUGAUGGAGAUGCUGGGUUCAGCCGUCAAAGGAACCCUGGUGAAGUACUGGAUCCUGUUCUGCUGCUCCAUGUUCUUCGUGGUCAGCUUCUCCGGGAAGGUGAUGGUCUACAAGAUCCUCUACAUCGUGCUGUUCCUCUUCUGCGUCGUCCUCUACCAGAUCCGUUGUGACGUGUGGAGGCGAGUGCUGAAGUACUUCUGGGUGGUGGUGGUAGGCUACUCCAUGGUGGUCCUGAUUGCCAUCUACAUGUACCAGUUCAAGACAGUCUCUGGCCUGUUCAGACAGAUCAUGGGCAUGUCUGAGGAAGGUCUGCGUGAUCUCGGGUUGGAGCAAUAUGAUACUGUGGAGCUGUUUGCUCGGAUCCUCCUCCCUGCAGCCUUCCUAUUGGCCUGCAUCCUGCAGCUUCACUACUUCAACCAGGACUUCCUGGAUCUCACCAACCUGGACAACGUACCUGUCCACCAUGGACCAACCAGAGAGGAGGAGUUGAGGAACUCAGUCAAUGUGAUAGCUGACAUAAUUAAAGAAAACAUUGAAAAGCUACAGAAACGUAUGGCGAAGGAGCAGAGUGAGCAGACGAGUGGGGAGUCAGAACGUGUGGGGAGUCAGGACACGUUGAAGAGUGAUGGCCUGUCUGCCUCAUCAGAGAAACAUGAGGAGGAGCAGGAGGGAACAGUUCCCCCAGAGGAGCGUCUGACCCAGUGGGGGUUGAUAUUGGACCGGGCCAGCCUGCUGCUGUUCCAGGCUCUGGCUAUCUUCCAGCGGGCUCAGGAGAUGGGCUGGAGGCUGCUGGAGGUUCACAGCCUCAAGAUUGUUUCCACUGGCAUCAUCUGGGUGUCCCUACAAGAGGUGUCCCUGAUGAACUUCAUGUUCCUGGUUCUGUGGACCUUCGCCCUGCCCUUCCCCCGGCUCCGCCCCAUCGCCUCCAGUGUGUCCUCGGUCUGGGCCUGUGUCAUGGUGGUGUGUAAGAUGCUAUACCAGCUCAAGGUCAUCAAACCUCUGGAGUACUCCUCCAACUGCACUGCUAGCCUGGUGUCAGCUAACGGGACAGGGCUGGGGGGGAACAUGGCAGAGCUGCUGAGGAGGUCUGUGCUGUAUGUGAAGCCUGUUGACCCAGCCAUGUGGUGUGGAGCGCUGCGCAAGUGUGAAGACAGGAUCCUGCCCUGUCUCAGCAACCACCUGAUGGUGCUGGGGCUGCUGGUGUUUGAGGUGACUGUCUCUAGACACCAGCUCUACUACCGCCUUCACAACAACCUCAAGGUCCCCACCUUCAGCAUUAUCUUCCAGGGCAUCACACGCCAGCACCUGGACCAUGGCAUCCUGCCCUGCAUCAAAUACUUCAUCAACUACUUCUUCUACAAGUUUGGCCUGGAGGUGUGCUUUGUGGUGGCGGUGAAUGUGAUUGGCCAGCGGAUGGAUUUCUACUCGCUGCUGCACUCCUGUGCUCUGAUGGCCGUUCUGUCACGACGACGCAGGAAGGCCAUGGGGGAAGUGUGGCCUAAGUACUGCUGCUUCACUGCAAGCCUCAUGGUGCUGCAGUACCUGCUCUGUAUCGGCAUCCCUCCCGCUCUCUGUGUCGAUUAUCCAUGGAGGACCUCCAGUCAGGCUUUGACCUCCAACCUCAUCAAGUGGCUUUACCUGCCUGACUUUGCCAUGCGUCCCGCCCCUUCCUUCAUCCUCUAUGACCACCUCCUGCUGCUGUGCUCCACGCUGCAGUGGCAGGUGUUUGAGGAGGAGAACCGGGCCGCCGUGCGCCUCAUGGCAGGGGAGAACGUGGAGAUCAGCCGCAGCCUGGACCCGCGUUCCUUCAACCAGUACAUUCCCGUCAACAACUUCCUCCAUUGCAGGUCCUAUCUGGACAUCGCCAAAGUUUUUGUGUUCAGCUACUUCUUCUGGCUAGUGCUGUGCCUCAUAUUCAUCACGGGCACCACCCGCAUCAACAUCUUCUGCCUCGGCUACCUGGUAGCCUGCUUCUACUUCAUGCUGUUUGGAGGAAGCCUGCUAAUGAAGCCCGUACGAUACAUCCUCAGGCUCUGGGACUGCCUCAUCGGAUACACUUGCUUCGUCAUUGGCAUGAAGAACCUGCUAUCUCUUGGCUCGUGUGCUUAUCUGGACAGCCUGUUGAAGAAUGGCUGCUGGCUCAUUCAGGCCUUCAGCAUGGUCUGUACAGUCAAAGGCUAUGAUAUCUCUGCUCCUGAUGAUGAGUGUGAGCUGCCGGAGGGGGAGGCGGGCAUUGUGUGGGAUGCGAUCUGCUUCACCGUGCUCUUGGCUCAGAGAAGGGUUUUCCUCAGCUACUACUUCCUGUAUGUGGUGUCUGACCUCAGGGCCUCCAUGAUCCUGGCCUCCAGGGGUGCUGAGCUCUUUGAAGCCAAGUUGAAGAAACUGGUUGCUGCCAGACUGGAGAUGGAGAGGAAGUCUGUAGCAACGCUGAAGAAGCAGAUGGAGAAGAUCAAAUCCAAACAUAAGAGUAAGCCUGGCCAGGGAGAUGCAGCAACGCACCCUGCUGAUAUAGUGCCAAAGGGUGAGAGUGAGAAGGCUGAGAACGAUCGGGGGAAAUGGUGGAAACCAUGGGUCUCACGGCCUGGCGUUGAGAACAACUGUGGCUACCAUCUUUUUGAGAGUGACAGUGAAGAGGAAGAGGAGGAAGUCCAGGAAAAGAAAGAGGAAGAGGCUCCACUAAAGAAGAAAUCUGCUUUUCAGAUAGCCUAUGAGGCAUGGGCCACAAGUUCCAAAGCAGCCCUGGAUUUGCACAAAAAAGAAGAAAACAAGAUGAAAAAUGAGGAGAAGAGGAGGGCAAAGAGAGAGCUGCAAAGACAGCAAGGCAUUGAGAGAGCCGAGUCUCACGAGUUGGACGAGUUGGAGGUGGAAGAGAGCGAUGAAGAGGAGGAGAAAGAAAAUAUAUUUCAGAGGAUCAUCUACUCACUCAAGUUUUUAUGGGUGUUUAUCCUGUCCCUUUUGGAUGAUGUCACUGAGGGCCUUAACUCUUUCUGCAAAGAUAACCAGGACAUCACCAAAGUGCUGCGCUUUGAGAGAGCUCUUCUAGGCCAGCAACAGAAAAAGGGGAAAGAAGUGUCACAGGAGAGUGUGACGCGCUUCUAUGAGAACUGGGUGUCUAGGCAGAACACUCUGGGCUCGCUGGAAGACCAAGAUGACAUAGUUCUCCCCAUCUCCUCCCCACCACCUGUACCCUCAUCACCGCGAGGUUACUCAAAGCUGAAACACGCCCAUUCCAAAAUCUCCUGGGGUAGCAGCUUGUCCAGCUGCGUGACGGAUGAGACCCUGCUGGGGUCUCGACAGCCCACUCUGGAUGAGCUGGAUGACCCUCCUCGACUCCAGCCAACUGCUGAGCAACUCAGACGGAAACUACUGAAAACUGCCAACCUGGACCUUGGCUCAUUUGACAGCGAAGUCCCUCCACCAAGCAGCCAUCACGAUACUGUUCCUGAUAAGGAGGACAGUGAAGGAGAGGAUGCAUGUAAAAAGGAGGGGGAGUAUACAGCGGAGGAGGAGUAUAGAAUGGAGAAGGAGGAAUGGAGGGAGAAAGAAGAGGAAGAGGGUGAAAAAGCUGUGAUGUUUCCAGGAUUUAUCUCCCUGGACUAUCUCCAGUGUGAUGAGAAGUGCGAAGAUUUCCCAGACUCCCCCCGGCCUCUGAGUGAGACCAGGAACCUCACAGCUAGUGAGCUGCUGCUCAACAACAUGUUUGAUAACGAUGAAAUUGAAGAGUCUGAUAAGUUUUUCCAGUCUCUCCCGAGGCACCUGAGACUGGUGUUUGCCCUGUACAACACCAUGGUGUCGAAGUCAGAGAUGCUGUGCUACUUUGUGAUCAUCCUGAACCACAUGGUGUCUGCCUCCCUGCUCAGCCUGAUCCUGCCCAUCCUUAUCUUCCUCUGGGCCAUGCUGUCUGUGCCACGCCCAACCAAGCGCUUCUGGAUGACUGCCAUCAUCUACACAGAGCUGAUUGUGGUGGUCAAGUAUUUUUUCCAGUUUGGCUUUUUCCCCUGGACUACCUCGGUCUACCGAGGCAUCAAUGCAGACCGGCCCUUUGCUCUGCCCAACAUCAUUGGGGUAGAGAAGAAAUAUGGCUAUGUUCUCUUUGACUUGAUACAAAUGCUGGCUCUGUUCUUCCAUCGCUCCAUUCUAAAGUGCCACGGUCUUUGGGAUAACAAAGAGGUGGAGAUGCCGGACUUCUUCAAGAAAUUAAAGAAGAAGACAGAGAAGAUGAAGAUGAGUGGAGAAGAAAAAAAAGGGGACGAGCCGAAGCAAAGACUGCCCUGCCUCCCUCUCCAGGCCUCGACUGCGUCCUUGUUUUGCAGAUGUGGAAAAGCCAACUCCACUGAGACAAACGGUGAUACGCGGCUCACAAAGCACCACUCCAAGAAGAGGCACCACAAUAAAGUUCCCCUGACCAGGACGGAGAGCAUCAAAAAGCUGAUUAGAGAAAGGAUGCUGGAGGCUAAAGCUGCUAUCAUUGAAGUUGCCCUGCAUAUAUACCUACCCAUCAGGCAGUUCUUCUAUGACAUAAUUCACCCAGAGUGCAGUCCAGUGUGUGACGUCUACGCUCUCAUGUUUCUGAUUGACGUGGUCAACUUCAUUGUCAUCAUAUUUGGAUACUGGGCUUUUGGGAAACACAGUGCUGGGGCUGACAUCACAGAUGCUCUUGGGGAGGACCAGGUCCCAUCGGCCUUCCUGGUCAUGCUGCUCAUCCAGUUUGGCACCAUGAUAGUGGACCGCGCUCUGUACCUCCGCAAAACCCUAAUGGGAAAAUGUGUCUUCCAAGUGGUGCUGGUGUUUGGUAUCCACUUUUGGAUGUUUUUCAUACUCCCUGGGGUGACUGAGAGGAGGUUCAACAUGAACCAGGUGGCACAGUUAUGGUACUUUGUGAAGUGCAUCUACUUUGGCCUCUCCGCCUACCAGAUCAAGUGUGGCUACCCAAAUUGUGUGCUGGGAAACUUCCUGACCAAGAACUACAAUUACCUCAACCUAUUCCUUUUUCAAGGGUUCCGCCUGGUUCCGUUCCUCAUAGAGCUGCGUGCCGUGAUGGACUGGGUCUGGACCGACACCACCCUCAGCCUGGGCAGCUGGAUCUGUGUCGAGGACAUUUAUGCCAACAUCUUCAUACUCAAGUGCUGGAGGGAGUCGGAGAAGAAAUACCCACACAUCCCAGGGCAGAAGAAGAAAAUGGUGGUGAAGUAUGGAAUGGGUGGCUUCAUCAUAUUCUUCCUCAUCAGCGUCAUCUGGUUCCCCCUCCUCUUCAUGUCAUUGGUCAAGUCAGUGGCUGGAGUGACCAAUCAGCCUCUAGAUGUCUCUUUUCAGCUCAGCAUAGCCGGAUAUGAGCCACUGUUCACAAUGAGUGCCCAGGAGCAGAACCUGGUACCAUACUCAGUUGCACGCCUCAACCGGCUCAACAACCUCUAUGCCACUCACCCGUCAGCUAUGCAGUUCCUUGGGAACUACAUGGCCGAGGACAUUGUCAUUGCAAAGAUCAAGAGUGAUGCCAGUCUGCUGUGGAGCAUCAGCCCUGCCAGCCGUGACGCUAUGAUCCAUGAACUCAGCAACUCCACCCAUAUCUACAUCACCCUGCGAUGGGUACUACUCAGGAAUGCGUCUCUGUCGAUGAACGUGGAGACCGUGGGGGAACACACUGUGAAGUAUGAGGACCGGGCCCUGAGGGAUCAGAUAGUUCAGAUGCUCAAAGGGACACGCAGUGACUCUGUGAUCAUUGAGUCUCUCCUGCCCAAGUUCCUCAGAGGUUCCGGAGGACCUGUGUCCAAGAUGGCCACCCGUCUGAAAGUAGAACACUCGGAUCGGCCUGAGGACCUGCAGACUUUUGCUUUCUUCUGGCCCCUGUCCCUCAAACUACAGCGCGCAGAAGACAAUGGAAGUGCAGAGGGGGGUCAGUGGUGGAUUGUGGAGGAAUGCACUCCUGGACAGGGGCACGUCCAGAGCAGCUGCCACAAGAUUGAGAUAGUGGUGUUCAACGACAAAGUCAGCCCCCCAAGCCUGGAUGCUCUUGCAGGACAGGGAAUUGUGGGCCUGUACAUGUCUGUGGUGCUGGUCGUCGGGAAGUUUGUCAGGGAAUUCUUCAACGGGAUAUCCCGCUCCAUUAUGUUUGAGGAGCUGCCGUGUGUGGAUCGAGUGUUGAAGCUCUGCACGGACAUCUUUGUUGUGCGAGAGACUGGUGAGAUGGAGCUGGAGGAAACACUGUUUGAGAAGCUCAUCUUCCUGUAUCGCUCACCGGAGACCAUGAUCAAGAUUACCAGAGAGAAGAGCGACUAGAGAGCAUGAUGACAUUUGUUAUGAAGAGGACGAUUUGGCUUUUGGUUCUUAUCUGGGGUGUAUUCAUCAUGAUUGCAACAGAAACCGUUCACUCAAAACAAAGUAUUUUAACAAACUAGUUUCUAUUGGACAAAUUCAGGUAGGUCCCUCCCUGUUUCGUUUAAAAACCAAACAGCUUCCAUUGCAAGAUGUAAUGAAUACACCCCUGGAGUUGCACUUCUGAUUGUACUCCUGUACAAUGCAUGCAUUUUUUCAGUGUCUUAUGAUUUUACAACAGAAGACCAUAAGCCAAUCAGAAGUGUUCCUAAUGUUAAACAAUUUAAUUGAAGUUUAGUUGCAACAUCAUCGACACAAAUGUCUUGUAUAAAGCUGAUAGAAA